AGUCAGAGCUUCGCGUCAGUGUCGAGGUUAACCCCACAGACCUAGAGGCCAGGCCACAGAUUUUCUGAUAGGGAAGUCGAAGCUCGUUUGACUGGUUAAACCCAGUGAACUGUUCCAAGGGUUUGGUUUGGUCUCUGUGCUCCAGUAACAGCAGCAGGAUAACAGCACCACAACACAUCUAGUCCUGCCAGUGCUGGCUCCCUUUACGUGGGACAGGCAACUGCUAUAUUGGAGUUCUGGGCCGUAUUCAUAAAGCAUCUCAGUGCUUUAUAUAUAAUCAUAUUCAUUAUGAUCUAAGAGGAAACAUUUAUCCUAUAUCAGCACUCUGAUGCUGAGACUCUGUGAAUAUGAACCCUGGCCCAUAUUCUCUCUAGUUGGUUCACUGAAUUAAACAGCAGUCUCCCUGGUCCACAUGCCAGCUACACAUCAUAUAUAUGCUACUUAGCAGGCAUUUUUACCGAAAGUGAUUUCGUCAUGCUUGCAUACAUUUUACGUACAGUGCUCCCAAGUAUCAAACCCACUAUUCUGGCAUUGCAAGCGUCACGCUCUACCAGCUGAGCUGUAGGGCCACAGUCAUGACCAAGUCAUGAGCCCUCAUUGUCAGCCCAAAUAGAAACACUGUCUUCUCUUCCUCCCUUAGUCAUUACUGGAACAAACAUGGGAAAGUAACCAUACCGCAUAGCCACAUACUGUACAUGUCUGCCAAACCCUGAAACGGUGCUCUCUCUCUCUUCCUCCCGCCCCUCUCUCUCUCUCUCUCUUUAUUUUUCUCUCUUUCUCUCUCUCGUUCGCUCCCUCUCCAUCCUAACCCUGGUGUAUGCUAUGUGGUUAAGUACUCUGCAAUUUACUGGGCCUUAUUGAUAGUCCAUCGUCCUUUUAAAUGGUUUGCAUUUGACUUUGCAUUUCCCCCAAAAUUAUCUCCCAACAUCUGUGUCCUGUGGGAAAGGUAUUUUGGGGUUUUGUUGCUGGAAAGAAACACUGUUGUUUUUGUUCUCUCUCUCUCGCUCUCUCACUCUCUCGCUCGCUCUCUCUCUCGAUUUCUCUCCCUUUCUUUUUUCAAAAUUCUUCUUCUUGUGAUACAGAGGGCUUGAUAACGGCUGAGGGUCCAGAAAUAGCAUUGGCUGCAGCCUGUAGCUCACAACACACACAGGAAGUGACUGGGCGCCCCACCCAGCUUGCAGCCGACCGUACCUCAGGGGCAGAGCUUGCUCCAGGCUAGCCUGUACAGCAACCACACGCUCUAGCUAACUCCAUUGUAGACUAUAGCAGUCAACCAAAUGCUCUUAGGCCGUACCUCAGAGCCAGGGUUAGCUCUGUGCUAUAGCCUAAUGUUUGCCUGGCUACCCAGACUCCUUUCACGCCCACAGACAUUAGUUUCUUCUCCGCAAUGGGUCUGGAUCUGAGUACCUCCCCGACCCUUCAUCGAAUGCGAACACAUUCGGGGCUGUGUGAUUGGUCCAGAAACUGAUAGGUUGGGCCAGAGGCAGAACACACGUGGGUAAAGCAUUGGCUUCGAUACUCUGAUUGGUUUGAGACGAUCCAAUCACUGUUGACUUUGUCUCGUGUACAACACCCCUCGUUCCCCUCGUCACCACAGACGAUGAAAGUAUGUAGUGAACGACAGAGCACCGUAAGAAUUCAGUGUGAGUUGUCAGGCAAGCCUAAUGUAGCCUACAGCAGCCAAUCUCCCAAGCUAGCUCUGGGCUAGCCAAUGUACAGCAGCCACUCUCCCAAGCUAGCUCUGGGCUAGCCAAUGUACAGCAGCCACUCUGUCUAGCUAGCUCUGGGCUAGCCAAUGUACAGCAGCCACUCUCUCUAGCUUGCUCUGGGCUAGCCAAUGUACAGCAGCCACUCUGUCUAGCUAGCUCUGGGCUAGCCAAUGUACAGCAGCCACUCUCUCUAGCUUGCUCUGGGCUAGCCAAUGUACAGCAGCCACUCUCUCUAGCUAGCUCUGGGCUAGCCAAUGCACAGCAGCCACUCUGUCUAGCUAGCUCUGGGCUAGCCAAUGUACAGCAGCCACUCUCUCUAGCUUGCUCUGGGCUAGCCAAUGUACAGCAGCCACUCUCUCUAGCUAGCUCUGGGCUAGCCAAUGCACAGCAGCCACUCUCUCUAGCUAGCUCUGGGCUAGCCAAUGCACAGCAGCCACUCUGUCUAGCUAGCUGUGGGCUAGCCAAUGUACAGCAGUCACUCUCUCUAGCUUGCUCUGGGCUAGCCAAUGUACAGCAGCCACUCUCUCUAGCUUGCUCUGGGCUAUCCAAUGUACAAAGCAGCCACACACUCCCAUUCCAAUUGGGAAACUUAUAGACUUAUAGCAAGGUACUUUGAGAGUCACUUAUGUCUGUGAUUGAAAGAAUUUGUGUUGGUGAAGCAGCCCCCAGCCAGCCCAGCCAGGCCCAGCCCAGCCAGGUCAAACCAACCCAGCCAGGCCCAGACCAAGCUGUAGUUCAGGCUGAGCAACAUGCUUUAUUGAUUUGGGAUCUGUGGUGAAGGAAGAGAAAGCCCCCGGCUCUUUCAGCCCUCAUCAGAAGUGGCUGAGCACAGUGGGUGUGUUGUGUCCAGCCGGGUAUGAGGGUCGAGGGGAGGCUGCGAGUGGGAACAAGGAGGCUCUUGUUCUGGUCUGGAGCUACAGACGGGAAAGGGGAAGGGGAGAGACGGGAAAGACGAGAGCUCUACGGUUCAGUCUGGACUGCAGUCUGGUGGAGUCAGUCACCAGUGUGUCCGACUCCAGCAUGUACAGCUAUUUGUCACUGUCCGUCUCCUCCAUUUGUUUGUCUCCUUCUCUGUCACUCUGUCUUUGUCUGUCAGCCUCUCUCUUCCUCUCUCUCUCUCUCUCUCUCUCUCUCUCUCUCUCUCUCUCUCUCUCGUCUCGCAUUCUCUCCCCUUUUCUCUUUCUUUCCCUAUCUCUCUCUCUUUCGAUUCUGACCUAUUUUAAGAAGACCACCUUUGAGAUAUUAGACUAAUGGACAGAAAUAGUCGCAGGUCAACCGACAAUUCUGAAAACAAUUGGCUAUGUCUGCUGCUCUGCUUUUAGGGGACACAAACAUAGAUUCGAGGCCUUUGGACAUCUGGAGUGUGUCUCAAGUCUCCAGCGACCAUGAAGAAAGGCGGUCCAGGGUGGGGGGUGGAGAGAGCGGUGGUGUUCGGAGGGAAUGGACAGAUCACUCUAGCGAAGAGCACACCCACCACAACCUCUGGGGAUGCGGUCACGCUUUCCGAGGGAAACCUCCUGCUCCAGGCCCUGAACGGUUUUGUGCUGGUGGUCACGGCGGAGGGAUACGUGUUCUACUCCUCUCCUACUGUUCAGGACUACCUAGGCUUCCACCAGUCAGAUGUGGUCCACCAGAGUGUGUUUGAGUUGAUCCACACGGACGACAGGGCCUUGUUCAGACGUCAGCUCCACUUCGCCCUUAACCCCAACCAGUUUGAUACAGAGCCAGGGACAACAGAGAGCUUGCAGCCUAACAACAGCAGUGACAUCACCAGCAACAUAGUGAGCUACAACCCGCAGCACAUUCCCCCUGAGAACUCCUCCUUCCUGGAGAGGAACUUCGUCUGUCGCUUCCGCUGUCUCCUCGACAACUCCUCUGGCUUCCUGGCCCUAAACUUCAAUGGGCGUCUGAAGUACCUCCAUGGCCAGAACAAGAUGUCAGAUGACGGGACCAUAGACCAUCCCCAGCUGGCCCUGUUCGUGGUGGCUACCCCCAUCCAGACCCCCUCUAUCCUGGAGAUCAGGACCAAGACACUUAUAUUCCAGACCAAACACAAGCUGGACUUCACCCCCAUGAAUGUUGAUACACGAGGGAAGGUGGUUCUGGGCUACACUGAGCUGGAGUUGUGUAUGAGAGGCUCUGGAUACCAGUUCAUCCACGCUGCUGACAUGAUGUACUGUGCCGACAACCAUGUCAGAAUGAUGAAGACAGGUGAGAGUGGUCUGACUGUGUUUAGGCUCCUGGCCAAGAAUGGUGUGUGGAUCUGGGUUCAGGCUAAUGCCAGACUGAUCUACAAGGGAGGGAGGCCCGACUUCAUCAUGGUCAGACAGAGACCGUUAUCAAAUAAGGAGGGUGAGGAGCAGCUUCGCCAGCGGAGACUCCAGCUGCCCUUUAACUUUGCCACUGGGGAAGCUGUUCUCUACGAGGUGGGCCCCUCUCUGGACGUAGUUGACAUUCCAACCCAGAGCAAGGGCCCUAAGAUCAGGAAGAUGGCCGAAGAAAUGGCCCUGGACCCCGACUCAAUGCUGGGCUCCAUGCUGAGGCAGGACCAGUCCGUCUAUAUGCAGACCAGCCCCAGCGAGCCCUCCAGCGACCCCCCCAACCCUCAGGAGCUAUGCUCCUGGGAAGACCAGGCCUUCAGCAACAGCCACGCAAUGGCCAACGUGCCUGGUGAUUCCUGGGAGUCCCAACACCACACUAUGCCCAAGCCGGACACGGGCAUCAGGGAGGAGUCCACUGUCCAGGACCUGAUGGAAACACUGCAGCAGAUCAUCGGGGACAACAGCCUGUGUUCAAGCCUGGAUGUGGACCCCACAGAGCUGAAGGACUGGGAGAACACUCUGCUGAAGAUGAGCUCCAGCAACUGUGAGAUGUCCGAGGACCUUGAUGACAUCCUCAACCAUGACAUCCUGUCAUAUGUGGAGGAACAUCUCUUCAAGGAGAACGGAGGACUCAAGAUGCCCGAGCAUCUGGGCUCAAUGCUGGGGUCCGUCAGUGUCAACAACCCCGUCCUGGAGGUCCCAGAGUGUCUUACAAAUGUCGACCUGCAGGGAAAUACCAUGAUGCCUGGAGGAAAGGGCUUCAACUGGGGGGUUGAUCCCCAGCAGAACCAGUUGCUUGGGAUGGGAGGCUUGAGUGCGGCUGAAACAGUGAGUAACGUUCGGGGCAUGAUGAAGCUGACACACAUGGGCUCUCAGAUGGGAUUGAACGGCCACACACUCCAGCAGGCUUCCUCCAGGAACACCUUUGCCCAAUCCCUGGGAAAGAACCUGGGCCUGGAGAGCAACGCUAACCCUCUGGCCUUUAACCCUUCCCUGACUGGCUCCUGUGCCCAGGUGCGGCAGAACCAAGCCAAAGGUAGACAGCAAGGCCUCCAGGCCUCUCCGAUCCUGUCCAGCCCUGGUAACGGGCUCGCGUCUUAUUCCCUGAGACAACAGAUGCAGUCAGGCCUUGCCAAUCGGAGCUCUGCCACUCAGGUCAUCCCUGCUGCUAUGGGUCUGCCAAUCCAGAGCCAGCUGCUGGGGUGGAACAUGAAUGAUCAGCUAAUGAGAUUCCAGGACCAGAGCUCCAUAAGCCAAUCAGAUCCCUUUGCAGUGCCCGGUCAGGAAACCAUGUGGAUGCCCUUGCCCUCCUCCAUGCCCAAUACCAACAUGGUGGCCGACACCCUGUUGGAAACCUUUUCCCAGAAUAUUUCAAAUCAACCAAAAGACAUCAUUCUAGAUCCCAACCCGGCUAGCUGCCUACAAGGACACUUUUCCCUGCAGACCCAGCAACAGCAGCAGCAGAAAAUGCUGCCCACGAUGUUACACCAACAAAAUGGACACCAACACAAUGUCAUGGGCAGCUUUUAUAACAACCAGGUGUCUGACUUCCAAAUUGCUCCCCAGCUCCCCAUCCCUGGGCUCGAGGCCCAUCCACAGCAGAACUCUCAGGCCCAGAACUACAACAGCGAUCAAACAAUAUCAGGCCAGUACAGGCCUCAAAAGACCUCUGCUGCCGUCACCCCUCCUCUCGUCUCUUCCAACAGCUGCAUGUUCAGCAGCACCAACCCCCCCUCGGUUCCUGUCAACAGGGUCUGUUUAAACCCCAACACGGCCCUUGGUUCCCUGGUCCCAUCCUCCUGUCAGAGGGCCACGGCCCCCCUCCACGACCACAGUCCCUCCCAGGCCUCCUGCUACUUCCAGAGGAACUCCAGCGGGCCCAUCGUGGGGUCCUCGGCAAUCCCACAAGGUGACACCAACAUCAGCCCUCUGUCCUGUCAGGUGGGGCCUGGUCUAACCCCUGGGGGCCUCACACCAGACAGCCUGCUGGUCCAGCAGCAGUACCUCAACUGCAACGGGCAGACACAGGUCACAAACUGUCCAAUGGAGGAAAACAUGUCGUUCCAGUUCCCGCCCCUGCCCCUCCCCAACGGAACCACAUACUUCUCAGAGAACAAUCAAACCAACUGUUGCGACUUCUAGAAGGUUCUACAAGGAGGAAGAACCCGCCUUUUCCGCGGCAGAAUGGAAUUUGUUAAGAUACUGAUGAUGAGCCGUCUUCGCUAAACAAAUAAAUACACGGACACAUACAGACUCACACAACCAGGUGCCUUUGGGGAUUCUACCACCACAAUGCCUUACUUCACCAAGGAGACUGGCCAAGAUGGCUUCCUUCAUUUUUCUUCUAUGCGUCUCAAAUUGAAUGUUUGGAUGCAAGAUACAAGGCGUUUGGACCAGAGGGUCGUGUGGCUUAUUUUUCUUCUCCAACCAGACUGACUGUCACUGGAGCUCCUCCUUGACUUGCUUUCACCUUGGGUGUGCAUGCCCUGGUUAAAAGUAGUGCACUAUAUAGGGAAUAGAGUGCCAUUUCAGACGUACACUCACGUCUGGUGGAUGUGGACGAAAGACAGAAUAUAUUUAUUGGUUGUUUUGAGUUGUGCCCCCCGUUUGAAUUGUGCCUCAUUGUGCCUCUAAAGAAUUGCCAGAAGAUUUUGGAAAGGAAAGACGAAAGAUAAUGAAGUAAGCAGUAAUAGGGAUAAAGAGAUAACACGUUGAAUGAGAUUCCUGGGAUUACUUUUAAGUUGUUUUUUAAAAUCCUGAAAUGCAUUUGAAUAUAUAGGAUCUAGAUGAAGGUGAGAGUCGAUGCCUGGUAAAUUGACUACAGUAUGACCAUACGGGAAAGAAGAAGAGUGUUUGCAUUUGGAAAAUGCUAAAUAUGUUGGCAUAUGAUAUUAUGGACAGGAUGGAUAUCGUUACGUACUGUACAAUAUGUAUGUAUGAAUGAUAUAUAGUUUAAGCUGUAUCGAAUGCUAUUCCCCAGCAAUCAUAAUACUUCAAUGGCCUGAAUGAAAAUUGAAAAACAGUUUCCCUUGUGAUGACCUUUGAGACUUGCCACAUGUUCUUGCAUCACAAACCAUGCUCCAUUUUGAUAUCAGCCUAUUAUUACAACAAGAUAUGUUAAUCAGAAUGUAAUGACAACAACAACAAAAAUACAUUUAUUUACUCAGCUUUGUUUAGUUUUUUGAAAAAAAUGCAUCUUUUGUAUUUUUAUAAGCAUUUAACCAAAACCAUAAAUAUGUAAUUGAGCCAGUUUUUUCUUCUCUGAUAUUUUGUGAAGUGUCCCACUGGGCACACAAUGGUUGAAUAAACGUUGUUUCCACGUCAUUUCAAUGAAAUUGUUGAACCAACUUGGAAUAAACGUUGAAUUGAUGUCUGUGCCCAGUGGGAUUCCUGUGCAGCUGCAGUUUUAUUUGCUUCUAUUGUGCUUCUAUUGAUACAAAACACCCAAGAAGGGGAGGUGCCUUGCUAAAGUAUUCAUGCAGAAAUGCAUCAGAUAGUUUAAGUGCCUCAUUUGCAUAAAUAUGCAGAUAGGAAACCAAUUAACCAGUCAUGGAAAAGCAUAUAAUCACCAGUCAAUUUGAAAAGAAAAAGUAGAGCCACUGUUCAAACUGCAUUGUUGAUAUGCCUAUGUGGGAAUAUCUUUCACUUUCAUUUCCUUCAUUAAUUAUUUUAUUGCCCUGCAGUUCUACAGGGAAGUAAUACAGUAUUGGCAGCUACAGUUUCAGAAUGAUCAAUGAUCCAAUUCAAUGUGGAUUAUUCAAUGUAUUCUAGGGGGAUCGGGUGCUUUCAAAAAUCGUACAAAAAUACAGAAUCGAUAAUGAACACCGUAAGUGUCCAUAUUGAAAGUAUAUUUGUCUGUAUUCUUGUCUGCAUGCUUCUGCACAAUGUAGGCACUAUAACUAUUGCACUGAGCCCAAGGCGCCUUUCUAUAUGCAGUACCAUUUUAAUGUGUACAUACUAUUUUUCAUUUGUAUUUUUAAGUAAUGUGGCCUUUAUAAGAUUCACACCUAUUAUUAUACACUAUUUUAUACGUAAUGUUUUCUGCACACAGAACAGUUCAUGUCUGUAAAACCUUUUUUGACCUGUUUCCUCAGAACAGUAUUGAUAAAUAUACACCUUGUGGCUUUUGUUGUUGUUUUUCUGCAUCUAACAAUGUGUCAGCCAUGGCGCUUACGUCUCAAUUAUACUUCAUCUCCACAUUAUUAAAGAGGUUUAAUGACUUUUCA